AUGUAUGUGGGUUAUCUGUUGGAUAAGGACACCAACAUGUACCCCAACCCGGUCAGGCACCCGGGCCUGAACCUCAGCCCCCCAAAUUAUGUGCCCGUGCCCCCUCAGUACUCGGAUUUUGCCAGCUACCACCACAUGCCCGGAAUUAACAGCGAUCCUCACCAGGGGCAGCCCGCGGGGACCUGGGGCCCUCCGUACCCGCCUACUAAAGAGGACUGGCACACCUACGGCGCAGGACCCCCUUCUGUCGCCAGCCCGGCGCAGCUAGGAUACAGCCCCUCGGAUUUCAAUCCAAUUCCGCCACCCGGCUCUGGACUGCUGCCUCCGCCCAUGAGCGCCCCAGUCCCCCAGCUCUCCCCAAACGCGCAAAGGCGCACGCCUUAUGAGUGGAUGAGGCGCCACGUUCCCACUAGCAGCAACAGUGGCAAGACCAGAACAAAAGACAAGUACCGCGUUGUAUAUACAGACCACCAGCGGCUGGAAUUGGAGAAGGAAUUCCACUACAGUCGCUACAUCACCAUCCGGCGGAAAGCAGAGCUGGCAGCAGCCCUUGGACUCACUGAGCGGCAGGUGAAAAUAUGGUUCCAGAACCGGCGAGCAAAGGAGAGGAAAGUGAACAAGAAGAAGAUGCAGCAGCAAACGCAGCCGGCCAGUACAACCACACCUACCCCACCAGCGGUCGGCACUCCCGGCCCUAUAGGCGGCAUCUGCAGCAGCACCACCAAUCUAGUUUCCACCUCACCAAUGACUAUCAAGGAAGAAUUUAUGCCUUGA